AUGGUUGGAUCUGCGUGCGCAGCCAAGUAUAAUAUUAGUAUAUUGUGUUUAGAUCGAAAAACGGAAAAUUUAAGUUCGUCGGGCUUCUCACCUCCAAGUCCAUGGACCUCGUCAGGGCCGGUUGAUAGUUGUGAUGUUGAUCGCCGGACAGCGUGUGCCGCCGGGGAUCGUCUCUCCUCGAAGACCGGCCGCGGCGGAGUUCGUCACCUGCAGAAAAAUACAGACACAUGA